AUGUAUUGGAAAGAUGUGUACGACAUUGAUCGAGAAUCACCACGCAAUCAGUAUAUAGGAUCGCUUGAAGUACCAAAUGGUCGAUGUGCAGUUUAUCCCAAUCGAUAUCAACACAAGGAACAAUCAUUUGAACUUGCAGAUCCAACUCAACCAGGACACUGCAAGAUUCUGACAUUUUUUGUAGUGAAUCCAUCUUGUCGGAUUGUUUCGACUGCACAUGUGGCUCCGCAACAACCACAAUGGUACAACUCGAGUCUUGAUAAGGCACCCAUACCGCCUGAACUGUGGAAUGAUAUCACGCAGUAUAUUCAAGGUGUUCAAUCACCAGCUGAAACCAAACACCAUCGAGAUAAAUUGACAAGUGACCGAACUCAAAUCAUAAGAGUAUACAACGAAUACAUAUAUGAGCAGGUGUAUAAUCUUGGUCCUUGGCAGUGA